AUGUCACCAGCAUUCCCAGUCUCCCAGGCUGUUCACCUAGACAAGAGAAAGUCUGUGCAACCGCAUCACCAACCAGCUAGUUUAUUGAACGGAUCCACUAUAGCUGAAAACGAGAGUCAUCAUGAACUAUCAAGACAAGAAUCAAAUCCUUUAACCAUAAGUUCAAAUCUUUAUAUCGAACCAGAAUAUAAUGUUAAAUUAGUGCUUGAUUUCACACCAAACGAAAUCAAAUUAAUAAGAACUACUUGGAAUGAAAUGAUCAAUGACGAUUUAAACCAGAAUCUAAGUGAUAACAACACACAAACAACAGCAAUAAAUCAUGCUUCAAUUGCUUCUUCAUUAUUCUGUAUACAAUUUUAUUCAAAUCUGUUAGGUAUGGAUCCAAAUUUAGAAAGAAUGUUUCCUUCAAUAAAACAUCAAGCUAUAUCAUUUGCCGGUGUGUUAUCAACUGCAAUCAUUAAUUUGGAAAACUUGAAAGCUCUGGAUGAUUACCUGUUGAACUUGGGUAAAAGACAUUCAAGAAUCUUGGGUAUAGAUCCUCCACAUUUUGAACUAAUGGGUGUUGCAUUAUUGAAAACUUUCCAAGAUAGAUUUGGCAUCAAUUUUUCAUUAGAAUUAGAAAGAUGUUGGGCAAGAUUAUACACUUAUUUGGCUAAUUCUAUUUUACAAUUCGGUAUAGACCCAGUAUUGAAGAUUGACAAGAUUAAUAAUGAAUGGGAGGAAGUUCAUAAAAUUGCACAUUUGGAAAGAUCAAUGACUGAUUUAUCAACUUCUUCAACUUUUGAUUCAAGAUCUAUAAAUACAAACUCUACAAUGAAUCAAACUAAUAAACUAAGACAACCGUCUGGUGUUAGUUCUAUGGGGACUUUGAAAACUCCAAAUAACUCAACAAGUACUGCUAGUACUGCUGCAAAAUUUGGUAAAAAAGUUAUGAAGAGUAGACAUACACCUUCAAAUACCGCUGGAUCGGAUGAAGAAAAGUGUGUUAUAAUGUGA